GUCCGUGGCUGCGAUGCACACAGCGAGUCCGUCGCUCGCCAGUCCCCGCGGGACCCCUGCUCGUCGCGGCAGAACCCCUCGCUCCAGGAGCGACACACCGGGCCACAUGGCCGCGGGCACAAUGCCCUCUGAUGCCACUGCAAAACAACCCGCCACUUUUACGACCUGUCUCUCUAUUCCUGUCGAAGGCGCAGUUCCUAUUGAGAGGAAUGAGGACCCGACCGUCACCCUAGUAGACGAUACAUCUGCACAGCCCUCCGCGCAGCCAACGAGAGCUCCGCGCAAGUCCAAGACGGACGCCCUGGCGGCGCUGCAAAACCAGUCGGAGCCCGAAACGCCCCCCAUUCCUGUCUCACCUACUUUGGACAUGUCGUCUGUCAAGACUUCCGCUCCUAGAAACGUGCCACCCAAGGCCGAUUCUCGUCCAUUCGGUCUGGAGGACUGCCCAGCCUUUUAUCCGACGUCUGAGGAGUUCCAAGAUCCCAUGGCUUAUAUCCGAUCCAUAUCGGAUAUUGCCAAAGACUAUGGUAUCUGCAAGGUGGUCCCCCCUGAAGGCUGGAAGAUGCCGUUUGUUACCGAUACGGAGGUUUGUGCAUCUGUUCUGCGUAAUGAUACUUUGGGACCGUUCUCAACAUGGGCGUAUCAUCCAUAUCAGAACUUCCGUUUCAAGACUCGUCUAAUGCGUCUCAACUCUAUCGAGGCUUCAUCGAGAGCCAAAGUCAACUAUUUAGAGCAGCUAUAUCGAUUCCAUAAACAGCAAGGUAACCCCCGAGUUUGCGUGCCGACUAUCAACCACAAGCCCCUAGACCUGUGGCUCUUGAGAAAGGAGGUGAAGAGGCUCGGAGGUUACGAAGCGGUUACGAGGGCGAAGAAGUGGGCAGAUCUCGGUAGAAUUCUUGGAUAUGGCGGCAUACCCGGUCUGUCGACCCAGAUCAAGAAUUCCUACACUCGCGUUAUUCUCCCCUACGAGCAUUUCCAGGAGCGAGUACGCAGUUCACCGUCGCUAUCGCCGAUGGCAACCCGUGAUCCUCAGCUGAAGACUCACAUGAACAUUCAGUCGGGCGCUAAACUGAGCCGCCUUAGUUCGGCGGCUCUGACUGAUGACACGACUCCCCCAUCGAGCCCUCUCACAGCGACGUCAAGUCCAUUGUCAGAGCCUCCGGACGAGGGUGAUAAUAGAGGCAUCAACGGUGAGGGCAGCCGAACUAGAAGGAGCAAGCGGAUGGGUUCGCAAGAGUAUAUGACCCCGACUCCGAGCACGUUGCUGCCCUCCCCUGUGAUAUCAUCUCCCGCUCUGCAUGAGAAGAAGGACGACAAGUUACAGCCAUCACAGGAGACCAGCUGUGAGGUCUGUCACAAGAAGAAUCGCGGAGAAGAGAUGCUGCUCUGUGAUGGUUGCGAUUGCGGAUUUCACAUGUUCUGCCUUGAUCCACCUCUGACGUCCAUACCCAAAGGGCAGUGGUUUUGUCACACGUGUCUCUUCGGCACCGGAGGCGAUUUCGGCUUCGAUGAAGGACAAGAGCAUAGUCUGUCUAGUUUCCAGGCCCGCGACGCUGCGUUCCGCAAGAUGUGGUUCAAGACUCACCCGCCGUCGCAAGCCGACAAGUCGCAGCAGGACCCGACCGUGAAUAAAUUCGACGACGUGCUGGUAUCAGAGCAUGAUGUCGAGGAGGAGUUCUGGCGCCUGGUACAGUCGCCGACGGAGACCGUGGAGGUCGAAUAUGGUGCGGAUGUGCAUUCCACCACCCACGGCAGGCACGUGACCCAUUCCGCCAUGCCUACUCUGGAAACACAUCCACUUGACCCCUACUCUAAGGAUCCCUGGAAUCUGAACAACAUCCCGAUUGUGCAUGACUCUUUACUUCGAUAUAUAAAGUCGGACAUAUCAGGUAUGACUGUGCCUUGGACGUAUGUGGGGAUGGUAUUUUCCACUUUUUGUUGGCACAACGAGGAUCACUACACGUAUAGUGUUAACUUCAUGCACUGGGGCGAGACGAAGACUUGGUAUGGCAUUCCGGGAGAGGAUGCUGAGAAAUUCGAAGCUGCCAUCAAGCGCGAAGCGCCGGAUCUCUUUGAGGCUCAGCCUGAUCUCCUCUUUCAGCUUGUUACCCUUAUGAGCCCGAAGAGGCUCACAGAAGCAGGCGUGCGCGUAUAUGCAUGCAAUCAGAGAGCGGGCGAGUUUGUCAUAACCUAUCCGAAAGCUUAUCAUGCUGGCUUUAAUCACGGCCUCAACUUCAACGAAGCCGUCAAUUUUGCCUUACCUGAUUGGCUUCCUUACGGGCUGUCUUGCGUUCAGCGAUACCGAGAACACAGGAAAUUGCCCGUUUUCUCCCAUGACGAGCUUCUCGUAACCAUUACGCAACAAUCCCAGUCCAUUCAGACUGCAAUAUGGCUCAACGAUAGUCUAAAGGAGAUGACAGAACGUGAGAAAGAUGUCCGCCAGCGUGCUAGAGCUCUCGGCUUGACUGAGGUCCUGGAAGAGGAAGACCGUGCAGAGGACCAGUACCAGUGCACUGUGUGCAAGGCCUUUUGCUAUCUCUCACAAAUCACCUGCCCUUGUUCCACGAAAGUGGCUUGCAUUGACCACGUCGCUUUCCUGUGCGAGUGUCCCGCAGGCCGUCGGGUGCUCCGCCUCCGAUUUUCCGAUGAUACGCUCCUCGAAACCCAGGCCAAAGUAGAAGAGCGAGCAGCCAUACCAGACAACUGGCGUGCGAAGUUGCACAAGACCCUCGCGGAAACUGCUCGCCCGCAGCUGCGUACUUUGAGGGCUCUGCUCGCGGAAGGCGAACGCAUCAAUCAUCACUUGCCGGACUUGGCAACUUUGAAGAAAUGCGUAUAUCGCGCUAAUGAGUGGACGGAUGCGGCCAAUUCAUUCAUAAUUCGCAAGCAGAGCCGUAAGCGGUCAAGGAAGUCCAGAGGCAAUCGACCGUCCGGCGCGCACGAUGAUGCUGGCGACAGGCAGGACGGCGGGUUAGAAGAGGUAUAUGAGUUGCUGCGACAGGUCGACAACCUUGGCUUUGACAGCCAGGAGAUAACGCAGCUGCGUAAUCUUGCCAAGGAGGCGGAGGAUACGAAGGCGAAAGCGCUGGAGUUGCUUCAUACCACUGACGUGGACCGCAACCGAGAUGCGUACAUUCAAGAGUGCGAGCGCCUGCUCUUGCACGAGUCAUCAUUGAAUGUUCACCUGGACGAACUCGAUCAAGUCAAGAAUCUCGUCCUACGCGAGCAGCUUAUCAAAGAGCUGGAAGAGAAGAUAGACGACCCUUCGACCACACUAGACGAAGUGAGACAUCUCCUGUCACGAGCCCGCUCUAUCAAUAUACCUGAAGACGACAAGUACAUGAUGCUUCUGAGGUCCCGCGAGCGUGCCGGCAGCGAGUGGGAAGAAUCAGUGAAGCAGCUUCUCAGUAAACCUUGCAAAGAUAUCAACAAGCUGGAAGAAUUCGCCAAGGUGGACCAAACGGUCCCUGUUGACCCCACUGUUUUCGAUCGCUUGAUGAACGCACGCGCCAAAGCCAAAGAGUACGAAAAGCAAGCCAGAUUGUACCUUUUCCCAGAACCGGGAUCUGCUAAGCCGCGACCCCAAGACGCCAUGAAACUCGUGACGCGGGUCGAGAAGGACUAUGCGAUACCCUCGGUACACGACUUGAAGCGUACCGCCGAGUUUGCUUUGGACCUUGAGACCCGAUGUGAUACGGUCCUCAAGAACCGUUAUUCGCACACAGAAGAUGGUGACAUGUUUGACAUCAUGCAUCAAUGGCAAGGAUACGCGAGGGAGCACUUGACGAUGUUUGCCCUUCCCAAUUUCGAGAAAUUGGAUGCUCAAUUGAAAUCACACUACCGCUGGUUGGAAGGACUACCGUGGUAUUGUCCCCAGCACCGUCAAGCCCACGGGAAACAGAUUCUGGAGGAUGUCAUUGAAUCGACCAGACCAGAAGACGACCUGCCUCCCAGUGACGAGUACUUCACCUGCAUUUGUACUAAGGCCGUCCGGCCUCCUCCUCCUGGAUCUGUUUCCGAUGCAGUCCAGUGUGAUCAUUGUUAUGCGCGGUUCCACGGCGUCUGUGCUGCGAACGGCGGUUCUUGCCCGUUUUGUGAUCAUCACCAUUGGAAUGGCGCAAUCCACAAGGACCGGAGUUGGCAUUUCUGCUAUCUCCCAACCAUCCUCCUCUCUGCUCCCGAAAUCACCAAGAACUACUCGCAGGACUGGAAGGACCUUGAAAUCAUCGUACACCGCGUAGAUCGUCUUUCCAUGGUCAUCGGGCAGUUCUUAGCCUUCGCAUCGCAGACGGGGAACCAACGUCCUGAGUACAUUCCUCAAGUUCGACAUUAUAUGCGCAAGCUCUACAAGAUCCAGUUCGCAGUAUCGCCGAACCCUGAGGUGUCCUUUGGUCUUGACCUGGCUGGACUGCAUCGUAUACUCGCUGGGCAACCAGUGCCUGUUCGAAUGAAGAAGAGGCGGCGACCCAGGUUCACCUUUGGCCAGGACGUGGACAAAGAUUGGCAAGACGGUACUCGUUGCAUCUGCAGGGGCCGUACAUCCUAUCUUCUCAAUUACCCGAGGGUUGAAUGCGAGCUGUGCAAUAAAUGGUACCAUGCGGGAUGCGUUUUCUUUCCACUUGAGCCUGGACCAGCUCCGACGAAGAAUCGUUUCAUGUGUCCUUUGUGCUGCCUGCGCAAGAAUCGGACGUAUCCCUAUGCAGAAGUGAGGGUGAAGUACAUAGAGAAUACCGAGCCAAACACAUAUGUGGAUACACGGGAAAUGUUGGAUACCUUUAGCAAGGACAUAGUCUAUAUGAAGCUGCCGCCACCUUAUACCAAUACCCUCUUCGUGGAAUUGAUCCGCUUCACUCCGGGCCAGCCAGACAACAUCGCGGUCAAUGGCAAUUCGUCUCGAAGUGUGGCGUCGUCUAGCAACUCUCGCCCGACAACCUCCAACCCUGCACUUCCACUUGCAGCACGGCCGUCGUUGCCAGUGCACGCACCGCAUCCGGCCCCUCAUACUCCGAACCCCGGGACUAUGACGAGUCCGUAUGAGCAAGCUCGACCAGUGCCUGUCGCCAAUCCUGUCGGUGCAAAUCACCUGCCCCCGCCACCACCCUGGUCGGGUAGAUACAACGGUCCAAACGUGCCUCCUCCGGGAACGCCGUCCGCACUAGAGGCGCAGGGCCUGUCUCCUCACCUGUCGAGGAAGCGGAAACACCGCGAAGAAGUCCCAUCCCCUCGUCACAGCGAACAUGCGCCAGCUCCAAUGCACUCCCCAUCCGGUCUGGCUCCUAUCAGGGGUCCGCACGACGCCCCAGAGACUCCUCCGCCGUCUCGACGGCGGAAGUAUCCCAAUGAAGGACAUUCGACAAUUGAGCAUACAUCUCCUGGGUCUCCAAAUGCCAACCGGUCUCCCAGGCGUCCACCACCGUCAAGAGGCCCUCCUCCGCCCAUGCCGGCAUUAGCUCCUGCGCCGCCGAAGCCUCAGACUACCUCCCCCUCGUUGGCUAACCUCUUGUCGCCGGACCCCAAUGAUAUCGUGAGAGGGAGUCCCCGCCAUCCCCCUACCCAUGACAUGAUCAGAGGUAGCCCACGCCACUCGUCUACCAAUGGUGGUGGUGCCGGUGGUCCUUCGAACUACAGGCCGCAAGUCCGGGGCGAAGCCUCGCCAUCACCUAACGUCGUGCGCAAAGUGAAGCUGGUCUAUCGGGAUCCAUCUGCCUCGUCUUCGUGAGCCGCGCCUGCUCAUGGUGUUUCAUCCGCUGUUCUUUGCUGUGCCAUCUGUAAUGUUUUCUAGAAUAGUGUGUAUACUAGCGGGCUGUACUGGCUGUUUUCUUGUAUCUGUCGC